GCUCCUGGAUUUGGGGUUCGAUCGAAGCGAGAGCGCUGAGGUCCUUUGCCCCAAGUCUGAAGAUCCACUGUUUGUAUAUAUAUUUUUCUGUCCGAGUCAUUGACUCAGUAUGCAUAUGUCUGCCUGUCUUCAUUAUUCUCAACAAAAACAUUCCUGAGAGUUGAGCUGAAAUACCCUUCCAAGAAAAGGUGUACUUCGAAAUGUUGGCAAUGUUCAUGGUUUGAUGCAUCAAAUUUAGCUGAAUCAGAGACGGGUUUCUAUUGAUUUUUUAUUUUGAAUUCUGUAGUUUUUGGAAUAUCCUGAGGCCUUAGUUGUUGGAAUCUUGUGGGUUGUGACCAUGCCUUCUACGCACAAUCCGGGUUCUUCUUCACCUUUGACUUCAUUUGGUCGCUCGAUUUGGAGUCGGCGAGAACCGUUUCAUUCCAUUGAAGCUGAUCAUGAGUCCAGUGAACAGGAAUUAGAGCUACAAUCAUUUCAAAAACUUGUUGUAGAUCUAUUUCAUGACUUGUCAGCUGUUAGUGCUGAUGAAUUGCUCUCUAUUGCGUGGAUUCGGAAACUUUUGGAUGUUUUUGUUAGCUGCCUAGACGAAUUCAGGGUUCUCUUGUUGAAAAACAGGGCACAGGUUUCUAAACCUCCCUUGGACCAUUGGGCUGAUGAAUACUUAGAUAGGAGCUUGAAGGCACUUGACAUUUGCAAUGCCACUCGUGAUGGGAUUGAGAAGAUUCGUACAUGGCAUAAGCAUUUAGAUAUCGUAAUGUGUGCCUUAGAAUCUCGAAAGAGGGCAUUUUCUGAGGGCCAGUUCCGUCGAGCAAGAAAAGCUUUGAUGGAUUUGACACUUGAAAUGCUUGAUGAGAGAGACUCUGGGUCUGUGUUUUCUCACCGGAACUGGUCUUUUGGGCGAAAUAACCCAAGAAAGGAUGCUCGUCGUCGUCAACACUCAUCUGGGAACUCAUCUGGGCAUUCCCGCUCUCACUCAUGGAGCAUAUCCAAUUCUUGGUCUGCAGCUAAGCAGCUCCAAUCAAUUGCAAACAACUUGAUAGCACCUCGUGGGAAUGAGAUUAUUGCAACCAAUGGGCUUGCAGGCUCUGUUUACACAAUGAGUUCUGUGCUCACUUUUGUUUUGUCGGCUCUUGUGGCUGCAAUUCCUUGUCAGGAUCGAGGUCUUAGUACGCAUUUUUCAAUCCCACAGCAGUACUCCUGGGGUAUCCCAUUAAUCUCACUACACGAACGGAUAAUAGAGGAAUCAAAGAAGCGAGAGCGCCAGAACUCUAAUGGAUUGCUGAGGGAGAUUUAUCAUGUUGAGAGAUGUGCACGCCACAUGACAGACUUGGUCGAUGUGGUUCAGUUUCCUUUGACAGAGGAACAGAAAGUGGAAGUUGAACAAGAACUGCAGGAGUUAGCAUCGAUUUGUGAAAAUUUUAAGAAUGGACUGGAUCCUCUGGAACGACAAAUCAGGGAAGUAUUCCGUAGGAUUAUGAAUUGCAGAACUGAGGGUCUCGAAAUUUUGAGUAGGGCAAACAAUCUGGAGUAACUCAAAGUAGAUAAAUUUCUACCGAGAGCAGUGUACAAAUUUCCGAACAUAUUGUUGUUUUGCAUAUUUCCGAGUUUGCAAGGAGAGAGGAAGUAAGAUGGUGAUCAGCAACAAUACAGAGGUUAAACAAGCAUCUUGAAAGUAUUUCUUUAAUUUCUUGAACAAACAUUGUAACUUCUUUUUCUGGGUCUUUUGGUAAAAUUAUUUCGUCCUCUUUUUCUUCCCCCGGUCUGUAUGUCACAGUUUGGUUUGUAUAUGUUAUGUUUUAAAAGUCCUAUUCAAAUUUA